AUGGAUAAGGAACAACAACAACAACAACAACAACAACAACAAAUACCACUUUAUGCUAUUUCCACGGAUGUUAUAGAGAAAAAUCAAAAUACUGAAAAUGUUUCAUCGUCAUUUCUGAAAACCACAUGUCGUCGAUUACAGAAACAUUCCGGAAUUUGGUAUAUGUUAGCCGCAAGUUUCAUCUUCACUUGUUGUAUAUUUGCUCUCAAACUAGUACCAGCUGAUAUGUUUGAUGUUUUGAUUGUUCGAUUUUUUAUUCAAUCUACUGCUUUAGGUGUAUUUGCUAUUUUGUAUAAACAUUAUAAUGUGUUUAAUACAAAUGGACAACCGUUUGCAUGUAUAUUAAACAUUUUAACGUCAAGUAGUACAAGUUUAAUUUAUGUAACCGCAUUGUAUUUUAUUCCAUUGUCAGAUUUAAAUACAAUCAAAUUUACUUAUCUUGUUUGGGCAACAAUAUUAUCCGUUAUAUUUCUCAACGAACGUUUCAAACUUGUUAAUGGUAUUGCAUUAUGCUUGACGCUUUUUGGACUUAUACUCGCUACUAAGCCACAUUUCUUUAUUAAAACAUUUGUUCAUAUAUUUAAUCGACCAGCACCAUCGUCAGUAUUAAUUACGACAACAACAACAACAAAUUUAACCACAACUAUUGCUGCUACUACGAGUUCUUCAUCCCGUUAUUAUUUAGGCAUUGGCAUUGCUUUUUUAUUAGCUUUGACAAAAGCAAUACAAAUAGUUGCUCGAAAACAAUUACUCAUUACAAAACAACCACCUUCUGUUAUGAAUUUUCAAUCUACAAGUAUUGCUUUCUUAAUUUCAUUGAUUUAUAGUAUUAUUCGUCGAUUCUGGCAACAGGAAUCAUAUCCAUGGAAAUGGAUGGGUACCGCCGGUAUCAUUAUCGGUGUUUGUCACUUAUUAUCAACUAUACUCGCUGCAAAAGCAUUAAAACGAGAAAAUGUCCAAGUAAUAGCGAUUAUUGGUUCACUUGAUAUAGUUUAUGCUGUUAUAUUACAAUAUAUAUUUUUUCAUCAAACAAAAUCUUUAAUAUUUUUUCUUGGAGCAUCACUUAUUGUUCUAUCGGCAAUUAUCCUUUCAAUUGAUCGUUAUUUGACUAAUGAGCAAAAAAGAAAAAGCCAGAUAAUUCAUGAUGAAAAUCAUGAGAUUAAUAAUAAUGUAUAA